AUGGAAGUAGACAAUCACAUCAAACCACCGCAUAAAAUCCUGGGGUACACAAUACGUAGUCGGACCCGGAUCUAUGUAUCUUUUAUAAUACCUCGCGUACUCGAAUUAUUAAUAUUUAUCGUGGAAAUUGUAGCCGACAGUGCCGUAAGUUAUCAACAUUUCAAGGUUCGGCAAUUGGCGUUUGCGUGGUCUACUUUGAUCCUUAUUUGGACACCGCCCUUAGUAACAUUUUUAAUAAUAACACGUUCCGAAGGUUAUAGAAAAGAGUCGCAACAGAGUUUAUGGAAAUUUUUAAGUCUACAGCUAUUGAAGUUACUAGUGUUUCCAAUCUUUAUGAUUUACAAUAUAUGUGUCAAGCUGUUCUGGUCAGUCGAGGCCUUAUUUCAAAACGACAACGAUGAAGAACGUAUGCUUUGUUUAAGCAAGACAGAAGCCACUUGCAUAAGCGAGUUGUAUCAUUUGAUACAAGCCUACGGGCAAUCGGCACCGCAAAUCAUCUUACAACUCUAUCAUCUGUUAACGCAAGACAUGUUUAGAAAUUAUGAGACCACUACUGUGCAAGCUAUUAGUUUGAUAUUUUCCUCAUUCAAUUUGGCAGCGAUUACUACAACCUAUCAGAGAUUCGCCAGUCAAAAGCAAGUGGGCCGCCCUUACCCUUGGGCUACUAAGGCGUCCGCUGAAAAAACCCAACGGACUUUAAGAAAAAACCAAUAUUUAAGACAAGAGUUAUUGCGCAAGAAGCGGAAUUCCGAACGUACUAUUCAUAUAUUCCCCGAAAGUGAAAGAAUUUUAGAGAACUUCAAUAGAAAUCGCGAGGAAAACUUAGCAGGAGUACACAAUGUUAACGAUGAUGUUGUCGACAGUAAAGUCUACUCAAGUUCUAAUGCGCAUACAGCGAACGCCAUUUUCAGCUUUGAAAAUAUACUAGAAGAUGGGGAACAUGCUCCUGAAGAGUUGGCUCCUUCAGUACCGUCUAAGACUACAGCUCAUGACAUGACAGAUCCUUCGAAGCUUUUCUCCCGCUCUUUAAGCCAGAUGGAAACUUACAAAAAUAUGUUAAUACUAAAUGCUCAACUCUAUAUACACGACACUAUACCAAGACCGCCUAAACUGCUCACGAAAGACUUGAAUGAAAGUCAACACCAUGAAGAGCCACCCAAUCCAGUGAAUGAACUAACAUUAAUAUCUAGGGAUGAGGUCGACUUCUUUCUACCCCAUUCUACUCUUAUUUUAAAUGGUGUGGAACGCGAAGAUUUCGCGGCGAAAACCAUAGCAUUCUUUGGUUGGAUCGCAUUCAUUAUAAUGCGGAUGCUGGCAUUAUCCACAUUUUGUGUCUUCUACCCCAAAGAUUUUCUAAUCAUAAUAUUUGUACACUACCUUGUAAUUUUGAUUGCUUUGCUUUUAGAAGCACGUGCAGAAAAGAAAGUGAAUCUCUUCUCAUUUUGCUUUUUGUUGGCCUACAUAUAUAUUUAUGUGAUCUUAGAGUUUCGUCUGAAAUUUAAGCACUUACGUUUCUGGCUGAUCGGUUAUUGCAUAUUUACUGUGACUGAAAAUGUCGUCAUGACAAUUGUAUGGUACCGUUGCGAAGAAUUCGAGUCUUGGUGGUUUUAUUUUAUAUGCGAAACAAUAAUCUAUAGCGGUAUACUCUUCACAGCCUCUGUACUGAUUUAUUAUUGCAUUUUAAAGCCUAAAGACAUUGUAGUUCUAUUAGAGGAUAAUGGAAACUCUUAAUAACAUAACAUGACAAACUGGGAACCGUAACCAUAACAAUGAAUUAAAACUUUUGAAAAAUAAUUUAUUAACAGAAAAUUUGAUUUUUCUUUCAUUAAUUUUUCAUACAUUCGAAGAAAAUUCUAAUUGCCAUCGAUUUUCUUUAAAAUAUAUUUUUUAA